AUGGGUAUGAUAUGCCUCUAUGCUAUGUGUGAUAAUACGGUUACCGUUGCUUUACGUAUCCGUCCAUUAGUAGACAAUGAGCUUGAAAAAGGUUGUCAAACAUGUUUAGAUGUUACACUUGGAGAACCGCAAGUCCGUAUACGCAAUACUGACAAAGCGUUCACAUACAAUUAUGUGUUUCCUCCUCACAUUGGACAGGAAGAUUUUUAUAAUACAGCGAUUAAACAACUCGUAGAUAAUAUCUUUCAAGGCUAUAAUGUUACAAUAUUAGCAUAUGGACAGACUGGAAGUGGUAAAACCCAUUCUAUGGGUACCAAUUAUACAGGUGUGGGAGAAAAGGGUAUUAUACCAAGAGCUAUAUAUGAUAUAUUUGAGGUAAUUAAAUCCAAGGAAGAUUGGAGUUUCAAAGUAGCAGUCUCAUUCAUGGAAUUGUAUCAAGAACAAUUGUAUGAUCUUUUAUCUGAUAAGCAGAAAAGCCAAUCCAUUGUAGAUAUUAGAGAAGAUAAUAAAAACAUAAGAAUUGUCGGUAUAACUGAGAAACCAGUUGAAGAUGCUCAAGAAACGUUAAAAUGUCUGGCCCAAGGUUCCUUGGGUCGCGUAACAGGUGCAACCGCAAUGAAUGCACAUAGCAGUCGUAGUCAUGCUAUAUUUACAUUAUGUAUACAUCAGCAAAAGAAAGAUGAUCCGUGAGUAAUUGUUGCUUUCUAAUUCC